GACGAUGGCGCCAACGCCGCACCCGCUCGAUGUGGAACUCACGAACGCCCUCACGUUCUUCUUCAUGGUGGUCCUCAUGGUGCUGUUCUGUCGCAUGGUCUUGAUGAACCAGGAACUCCAAUCGACGCAGUUGGCGCUGGCGAAGAACCACGUCGCGUUCGUGCCGCAGCUCGGCCCAAGCCUCGAUCUCUUACAAGUCAUGUCGAUGGACCACCUCCAGCAGUUUCUCCGACAGCAAGACCAGGUUUCGCGAGUGGCCAUGGACACGAUUGCCGUGCCGUUCGACCUCGUGGGGCAGAGUGUGCGGUAUAUGGCAGGGAGUGACUCCGACACCACGUCGCUGUCGUUCGACAUUCAAUCCACCGAGCAAUCCAUCCGUGUCCAAGUGCUGUGGGACGUCGACGCCGCCGCCUGCAUCGCAUCUCUGUCUCAAUCUCGGUCGCAUGGGGUCGCCCAUGCUUCCAAACGACGUCGUUUCCCGCGUCCGUUCUCUGCAUGGCUCCGCAACGUGUCGUUGCAUCGGAGACGAUCGUCGACCACGUCCGAAUCCGACCUCCGACCAUUGCAAGACGCACCAUCUCCUCCAUCCGCUCCAUCUUUCGUCGAUCUCAAUCUCGACGACGUAACUCUUCCCAGCCUAGUUCACAUCGACCCAUGUGUCGUUCAACGGGCCGCAUCUCCGUCGUCUGCCACCUGUCUUUUCCACUACACCCAUGCAUCCCUUCCACGGCCAACGUCCAACGCGGCUGCCGCCGUCGUCGUCGUGCGGUCCGGCGCACCGCAGAUCGACCUCGUCGUGCACGCCCCGUCCCCAUUUCCUCCACCGACGUCUCGAUCCAUCUCUGCCGCAUUCUUCGUCCUCGAUUUGACGGCAACGUCAUGUCCCAUCAAGCAACGCUUCUUCGCAUGCUCGAGCGAUGCCAUGAUCGUGGCGCACGAUAUCUUUGGCGCCAACGAUUUCGUCGAGUGCUCCAUCUGCUUGGAAAACCCGACCAAUGUCAUCGUGUUGCCCUGUCGGCACCAGUGCAUCUGCACGACGUGUCUGGACGAGAUCGACGCAUGCCCGAUCUGCCGCGCCAAGUUUGCUUCUUACGUCACGGCAUAGGUGGUGCCGCCGCCACCGCGACUCGAAUGCUCAACAUAAUGAACACACUCGUCGUCUUGCCCGACGAGUUGGCGGCAACGUCGACGUCGUGCCGAUGCGAAUGCGCGAAUACUCGAUGCAAUCGAGCAACCAACUGUCCUGCCGCAUCGACUCGGACGUCGAACGAAUACAUGCAGUGAGCACUCCAGUCACCCGAUCGAGCCAAGGGGCAUCGUGGCCUCCCAACUCCCGAUCGGCU